GAUCUGGGCGACGCCCUGGGGCUCAACGCGGACGACGUCCGCCGCGCGGCCCUGGACGAGCACGCGGCCGCCAGAUUCCGGCGCGUGGCGGGCGAGGCUCGGGCGCAGGCCGUGGGGCACGCCAGGGCGCUCUUCGACCUCGACGCGCUCCUGAAGGUGCUGAUGGCCGAGCUCGGCUCCUUCAGCGCCGACUCCGCCCCGAACUCCCUGCCGCGGACGUUCCUGGACUGGGCCGCGUCCCGGCUGAAGGAGAAGCACGUCGUGGUCGACGAGGACACGUGUUCUCGCGUGGAGGUGGGCGAACCCCUGGCGCUGGCGAUCCUCGAGGACCUCUUCCUGGACCGCCCGCCGCCGCCGACCGACGAGGUGUACCGCGGGCACCGGCUGCGCGAGCUGUUCCUCCCUCGCUGA